CUUAAUCGUUUGUUAAUUUCUAAACCAACAAGGGGCAUCCUAUUUUAAGAUGGAUUGUCCCAAUUAACUUCGUUUUCGUUCUUAUAAUGGAGAAACAUAAUCAACUUAAUAAUAUUCUAUCCUUUCAGUUUCAGACCCACUUCAACUCACGCUCUCUCUCGGAUAAUUCAAUUUCAUACUUGUUUCUCUUUUAACUAGGGAUGACGAUUUUGACCUGACCCGUUUUACUCGACCUGUUUUGGGGCGGGUCCGACCCACCCCAUAGGCGGGGCGGGGCGGGCAUGAGUACUCUCAUCGACCCGACCUGUCCUGACCCGCCCCAUUCUUGACCCGUUCUUGCCUAAAUUACACGUAAUUUUAGUCAAAUUACUUAGGAUUUCUCUUUUAUUACAUCAAAUCUUAGCUAUAAUAAAUUCGUAAAUUAGUGAAAACCUCAAUUUCUCCGAUAAUUUAACUAUAUUUCUCAUUUUAUUGUUUGAUUCCUUGGUCUUAUAAUAAAAACAACGAAUAUUUCUAAUAUUUUCAUAUAAAUUGCAUACCCAUUGGGUCGACCUGCCCCGACCCGUGACCCGUGAUAAAUUACCCGACCUGGACCUGACCUGCCACGGGGCGGGUCUGGAUACCAAGAAACCCGCCCCGGACAUGCCCCAUUGCCAUUCCUACUUUUAACCCUAUAUUUGACAUUGACAAGGCUAUUGACCUCAUGGGCGGAGUUAUACUCAAAUUAGGGUGGGCCCCGGCCUCCGGGAUUGGUCCCGACCCCUAGGGGCUAGGAUCGUAAGGAUAUUUAGUACAAAAUUUUUAAGUAGAACUUGUUCCGUAAAUUUUAUUUUGUAAUAUUUAUGUUGUCUAAUGGUAGCCAACCUUGAUUUAUGUUUAAUGCACAUGGGUUCGAUCCAACUUGACUAAAUAAAUUUUGUUUAAUUGUUUUCGGCUCCCGGUAUCAAAAGCCUAGCUCCUGAUUGACCUUAAUAAAUACAAGGCGAAUGCAUGGGGGAGAUAUUCAAGAAUUCAGCCUUGAUUGCUAGUCUACAUCGACAUUGAAGAGAUUGUUGUAAUUGUCUUUUUUAUGAGAAGUUCAUGUACAAAAGCUGACGAGACAAAACCAAACCCAUCGUAAUAAUGAAGAAAACCUGAAACCCUAGAUAAGAUUUAGGGCAACGGCCGGUACUAAGAAGCGAAGGGAAAUCACGGGAAUCGGCAUUGGGGAAUUUGCCCGUCUUCAUUCCAUUUUCUUUCUGCUAUUUACUCAAUGUAACUAAUUAAUAACUCCACCAAUAUAUAGCAUUGUGUCCAGUGGUUUAUUUUGUGCUGAGCACAAAACUAAUCACUGAAGGAAGCAACGUCACUUCCUUCUUGUGGAGUCUACCAAGUUUAGACAAAGCGACGCCGGAUUGGAAGCAGCAGCUGAUUCUUCUUGCUCGAGACUUCGAUGAACGGAAGUUGAUGCUCUCCACCAUUAAUGGAUGCUUCCUGCAACACUCCUUCACAGAUAAACACAAGUGGAAACUUGAGUGGUAUGUAUAUAUUACAUUACAUGUAGCCAAAAAUAUGUACAGGAAACCCUAAUCAAGAAAAUGAGAGAGUAGAUGACAUGGAAGCCGGGGAAAGGUGAUAAAUGAAAGGACCAACAGCAGCAGGAAAGCUUUGCCAAUGAGACAAAACCAUUAUACAUGUGGUGGUUUGAUAUGCAGAGCAGUAUAUAGAGAACCAGGACAGGGUGCAUGGGGACAAUGAUGAUGAAGACAAGAGAUGGAGCAUCUUUUGUUUGUUAUCUAUAUAAAUGACACAACAAAAGCUUGCAAAAACAAAGAAAAUGAAAUGAUCGAUGCUGCUGCUGAUGAUGAGAUAAAUGAGUCAGUUGUACUGAAGAAAGGAGAAAGAGAAGAAGAAGAUGGAGAGCGAUCGAUAAUCGACCCUUCCCUUUCUUUCUCUCUGCCUGUAAGAAAGAAAAAACAGAUGAAGGUACUGAUUCCAUUUGUGAUGACACCAGCAGUCGUAUGAAAUGUCCUUCGGACAAUCCCAUGCAUUCCCUCGCUCACUAUAUAUUUAUAUGAGAGAAUAUUGUUUUGGAUUUUGGCGCACGUACUGGAAUCACAUCAUAUCAUGUAUAUUAGUACGUACAAUUGGGAAUAUAGGGAAUAAUAAUAAUAUAUAUAAUUACCAUUUAACAGGACUUGCGUAGGGUACCUUACCUAGCUAACUAGCUAGCUAGGGUUGUCCCAUUUUAUAUAGUCAUUGGUACGACCUUUUCUUUAUUUCAAUGUUUCACUAUGCACGGGUAUAUUGGGGAAUUACAGACUCUAUAUAUUAUUUACUGUUGUUAAUUCUCUUUUUUUGUUAAAGAGAGAAAGGAGAUCCAUGCAUCCAGUGGUUGGAUUAGGUUUUCUCGUUUGUGACGACGCACUAGUCAUAGUAAUAAUUAUUGCUUAACACAAAUUAGAGCCGGGGAAAGUAGGCAAGUAAUGAUCAAAAGGAAAUGAAACCCUAAUUUAUGAGAAAUAUAAGUAACAAAGAAAUAAUUAAGAAGCAGGGAGUGUUGAGGGUUAAUUACCUCUGGAAUUUGAUCUGAGUCUAGCUCUAGCAAGCUAAGCAGCUGGCUGGUGACACAUGAACUUCACCAUGGUUAGGGUUUCGGUUCAAACUGGAGUUCAUGAUAUGACGAGAGAAUAAAAAUAGUAAUAAUAUUCCUUAAUUUGUUACCAUGUAAGAAGAAAGCAGCAAAGAUCUCGGCCGACAACGAACUAACUACCCAGCUAACUAGGAAUUAAUACCCUCCGUACAAAUAACAAAACAAACAAGAGAAAUGCAUUUCCAGGAAGGUACUGAUGAAACAAAUUCAUACGCAGAAAUUAGGUAACAAAAUUAAUAAUGAAUUUGUAUAGAGCAAAGGAUCUAAAGGGGUAGAUUCAUGGACGAGGAUGAUGAUGAUGAUGAUAUGCAUGGCUCCUCAUACGCCAUCCACGGAGGCCAUCGAUUCUUCCGGUGGAGCUCUCUGCAAAUGGCAUACAGGGAGCCAGGCAUGCAUCCACAAAUCUCCACCUCUCCCCGCCGCCGGCGCUUCUCUCACCAGUUUUCAUAAUCGCAAAAUGAUUCGUCUCUGAUUACUUACCACCUUUCUACAUGCACAGUAACUCAGUUGCAUGUGGUUAUUACGAAGAACAGAACAUGAGUAUAAUGAACAGAAGAUGAUCGAGAAGUGGAAGGAAAGAUAGAUCGACGAUGGAGGCACAGAAAGGAAACCAGGUCAACCAAACAAAAAAGAAAAAGAAUGAGUAUUGUAGUUAGUUUUGUGGGUGGUUUCAGAACUCAAAUUAAAAGUUAACUCACCACCACAUAAUAAAACGCGAUGACUAAAAACCAGCUGGCAAAUUAAAAGGGGAAAUCAAAAUUUUAAACACACCCAACUCCCCCUUGAGAAUUGCCACAAAACUUGCAGUGAUUGAAGCCAGCCAGCCAGCUGUGAAAUGUAACGAAAACGAGGGGUAUCAGAAUGGCAUAUGCUUCAUCUCUCUCCCUCUUUUCAUGGCUUCCUAUGAAAAUGGGUUAUAUAACUAAUCAGACAGCCCUUCCCUCACUAUCUCCUUAUUUCUCUCUCCACCAUAACCAAUACUAGCAUACCACUCCCAAAAAACCCCAAGAUGAAAGAAAGAAAGCCAAGAGGUGGAAACAUGAAAGAAGAAGAAGAAGGUGAAUUAGGGUUAGGGUUAGCUCUGCAAUUCAUUUCCCAUGUACUAUUUGAGUCUAUAUAUGGAUACAACACAACCCCCGGAACCACCAUAUGCAAGAUGAAAGAAAAAAAGAGAAGAGAAAAAGAAAAGAAGAAAAAUAGUGGUAAGCAAGCUGCUGGGUAAGGCCAUCAUCCAGGAACAAAGUAGUAGUUGUUGAAUGAACCAGGAGGCAAACA